UUUAUAAAAAUUUCUGUAGCAGAACAUAGAGAUUUAUAUAAAAUGAAGUAUGAGUGUUCGUUUACUCCGUUUAAAACAUAGGUAAAGGAAUUGGAUUGCAUUUUGCAUGAUUAUUUGGAAAUACUUACUUAAAAAAAAUCAUGUAUAUACAUUUUAGCAUUGUCUAAAUUCAUAUUCUGUACAUAUAUCUUGUAUAACCGAAAAAUAAUAUAAAAAUAGGAUAAGAAAAUAUAUUUGAACAUUUCAUCAAAAUAGAAUGAAUUUUCUUAAUCCAAAUCUGCUUAUUUUAUCUUUUUACUCAACUCAUAUAUUUUCAAUUUAUAUAUGGCGAUUUAUAUAUUCCUAAUCGCGAGUCAUUCUUUUUGCGAUAUAUCGAUUAUGUACAAAUUGGUUUUCAAUUGCUUUCAUUCAAUUGCUUCGACACAUUCUGCAAAAAUAUGUUCUUGUCACUUAUAAGAAAUAUCAUUAAUAUUUAGCAUGAAUUGAUUUUAUGUUAGCGCAUGUUAGCAUAAUUCUUGUUAGCGUAUUUCUUCUGAGAACACUUGAGACAUAAUUGCGUAAUGAAACGACGUCGAUGAGCGCACGAAGUACCUUCUGUUGCGUUAACGCAGGGAAUUGUCCCGGUAUUCCGGUCAAUUGCAAUCAACGAUUUGCUUGGUGCACGAAACUCAUCAAACCUUUCGCUUUUUGUGUCAUUACAUCGAUGCUCGCAAUGUCCGUAUCUCAUCUUUGCGAUAAAUAUUCCGCAAGCGCGUCAUUCAACAUGAUCAAGGCAGAUUUGGGAAACCUCAGGUCUCAUUUGGGCACUCUCGCGUUAGAGGUGAAGAACGUAAUAGAGAUGCGUGACGAGUUGAAGAGCAAGUUGAGGGAAGUGGGCAGUGUGAUCCCAAAAAUGUCAGAAGCCAUUCUCAAUCUGAGGAAUGAAGUGUCUGAGGAGAUGAAUCUACAUACGAGAAACUUGUUGAAGGCUCUGUCACCGGAGACCGUCAGAAACAUGAUAAAAAGUGAAUUACAGAUGUACGAUGCCGAUAAAACUGGAAGGACGGAUUACGCUCUUGAAAGUUCAGGCGGUAUGAUUCUUUCAACACGAAAUACCGAACCUUAUACAAUUGGUGCGCCUGUGCUCAAUCUGUUUGGCAUACCGCUUUGUCAACAGCAAAAUACACCCCGAGCCGUGAUACAGGUUACCUGAAUAUACUUAAUUUUAUUAACGUUCUGAUCCAAAAGUAUUUAUCAGACCGGUGUUUUGCCGGGCGAAUGCUGGGCCUUCAAGGGCAGCAGCGGCAGUG